AAAAACUACUUGAAUAAAAAUAUGUGAAAUAAAAGCGUGGCUGCUAAACCAAUAACGUCUGGAACAUGCUCGUAUAUAAAAUAUCGUGAACUUUGAGCAUGAAUACCAAUUUGUUCGAGUAAACACAAACAACCAGACAAGCGCUUGGUGACGCAUUAAACAUGGCUACUAUACGUGCGCGCGGUAUUUGGUUUCGGAGGUUUCGAGAUUUUGUUGCAAAAAAAGAAACGUUGAGACGACGCGAGCGUUAUUCUGUUGGUGCCGAUGCGUCGAUAUGAAGCGUUUGCUGUUAUUGCUCGCGUUCCAUGCUUCAACUGCAACGUAUUUUCGAUGUGACGAUGGAAGGGAAAUUCCCGCUGGGAAAUUUUGUGACGGAAAGUUCGAUUGUUACGACGGAAGUGACGAAGUUGGGGAAAUAUUUUUGCCAAACUACUCCAAAUACAUCUGCCAACCUCUGCACCAUAACCACAGCUGUGCAUUGGACCGAGGUUAUAUUUGUAACGGAACAAUCACCUGUGGUGACGUCACCCCUUGUGACGUAGCAUGCGACAGCCAUUAUCGAUGCCAGCAUACGUCACAAUGCGUUGAUAGGUCAACUAUAUGUGACGGUAACUCCUGUAACGGGUGUGUUGAAGACAUUGGGUGGAUGGGAGGGGUGGGGUUUAAGUGUAUCAGGCAGGGGGCGCUAUGUACCUUACCCCAACAAUUGUUAUGGGACAAUGUAAAGGAUUGUGACGAUGGAGAAGAUCUGUGCGUCAUAUCCGGUGAAUACGGGGGACACCCCUCCACCAUCAACACCACGUUAUGCCAUCAAUGCACCGACGGUACAAUGCUGAUCCCAAUACCUCGUGUGUGUGAUGGUGUGUUCGACUGUAGCGACCUCUCCGAUGAAUGUAUGUGUUCCCACCCCUUACCUGUGUGCGGGGCGAUACAACUACGGUAUCCUAUAUUCGAACAUAUACAGAACAUCAAUCUGCAUUGUGACGUAGGCCAGAUGUCGUGCGGUGACCGGAAGUGUAUAGCGCGCCACCAAGUGUGCGAUGGGGUGGUGGAUUGCAUGGAUUAUCGCGAUGAGAGACCACCUUAUUGUUUGGCAACAAUACCUUGUGAUGACGCAACAAACGAAAACAUGAUCAACCAACGAUGCAGAUGUAAUAUCGAAUGCGAAAACAUGGAGGGCAUCGCGUGUGAUGGCGGGGUCGAUUGUCAGUCAUUAUUACGACAUCAUUACGUCACACCCAUCGAUGAAUGUAACGGAUACUGCGAGUCGCGAACAAACUUCGUUUGUGUGGAUCGUCCCACCACUUGUGACGUAACAACAAAUUUAAAAUCGGAUAUGAAGUCAUCAAUCGCGCUCAACGCUUCGAUGAUUUGUGAUGGGAAGAUGGAUUGUGACGUCACAGGGGUAGAUGAAUGGAAUUGUUCUGAUAUUUAUCGUUGUGUUGAAGACCCCGAGAUGACGAUAUCUGUAUAUAAACGAUGUGAUGGAAUAAUCGACUGUUACAACGGGUCGGAUGAAGUUGGUUGUGUCGGUAGAUUCUACUGUGGCACCGUGGGUGGGAAAAUGGUAUCGAUUAAAGAUGUUUACGUUUGCGACCAAAUCUUCCACUGUGUUGAUCAAUCUGAUGAAAUGAAUUGUACCGACGACAAUCGCUUUUAUUGCGUCAAUAAAGAUCCAUUGUUCGUUCAAAGUUAUCAGGUGAUGAACAAUAGGUUGGAUUGUAGCGACGGAAGUGACGAAUGUCCUGAUGACCUCACAGAGCGUUACAUGGGGAUGGUGUCGUCCAAUUAUGACAUCAUAGCAAGCCCUGUGUUACGUGUGUUUCUUUGGAUAUUUGGAAUAAUUGCUACUGUUGGUAAUCUGGCGGUGAUUGUUGGUGAGUUACGAAGCAUUCCCGCGAGUUUACGUAAAGGUUAUUCAGCCUCGCUGCGGACAAACCACAUUCUGGUUUUAAAUCUCGCCAUUAGUGAUCUCAUUAUGGGAGUUUAUCUCAUCGUGUUGGGGUCCAUGGGGAUCAAAUAUGGCGGAAAGUUUUGCGCCCAUGCUAAACAUUGGAUGGGCAGUGGUACAUGUCAAGCAUUGGGGGUGAUGGUGUUUGUAUCAACUGAGACAUCUGUCAUGAUUAUGGUCACACUAACUGCGUUCAGACUUUAUGCGGUUUACAAGCCGCUAAAAUCGAAAUUCCGACCGCCGGUAGGUGUCGCUCUCAGCAUCGUUUCUUUUAUAUGGAUAAUAUCCAUAGUUGCGGCGCUCAUACCCGCCAUGCCACCACUACAACGUUUCUUCACCGAUACUGUGCUCAUGGAAAGUCCCUUCUUUCGUCACGGUGACGUCAGUUUCGCGAUCGCUAAAACUUUUGUUCUAAAACUUUUGACCUUUGACCCCGCUGCUGUUAACCUCACAACGGUUCAAGUUAACAUGGCACGAACAGCGACAUCGUGGGACGACCUUGAAUCGAUAAAGUUCGCCACUAAACAUGGGGUUGAUCUUCAAGACAUGCAAUAUUACUCCGGAUUCUACAACGCCAACAGCGUUUGCACGCCCAAGCUCUUUGUGACGUCACAGGAGACGGGAUGGGCUUACCCGAUUGUGACGGCAGCUUUUAAUUUUACCGCGUUUGUGUUUGUUGCGUCAUCAUACGUCAUCAUCUACGUCAAAGCGCGUCGAUACGCGAUGCACUUCGAUAUCAGUUCUCCCAGGGUGAUGCUACAACAUAGAGCCAUGCAAAGGAAGAUCAUCAGAUUAAUCGUCACCGACUUUUGUUGUUGGGUUCCCAUCUCUAUCACAGUGUUCGUGAGGUUUAGCGGGAUCGAGGUUCCCGAUAUCAUGUACGCGGUAUCUGCGGUCGUCCUUCUUCCGCUGAAUUCCGCGCUGAACCCGAUCCUUUACUCCGACUUUGUCGAUGGAAUUCAAACCAAAGUCCAUCGAAAGUUUGCAGAGAGCGCGAGUAGUUUAUAUAGAAGAUCACGGACAUUAUCAUUACGACCAUCUAUUACAGUGGAGACCAAUCUGUGACGUGUUGUACAAGUUAUUGUGUUUGUUGUGAAGUUGUAGGGUACUCAUGCCCGCUGUCAAACUGUUAUUAAUAUUUUAUUGAGAAUUAAAAAUUCGCAUGUGAAAAAAAAUAAAAUUACCUAAAAUAUUUA